UCAAAUUGUUUAUACCAAACACAGUUUGGCUCAUUACCUAACAUGGCUGCCAAUGUGAAACUAGAGAGUAAACUUUUACUCUUUGCUGUUCAAACACGAUGCAUUUUAACAAUCCUGCAGAUUAUAUUCAACAUUCUAAUCCCUGACCAUGAUGCUGAUGUUUUUAAUCCCUCAACCAACAUGUCGAGUGGAAUUCUGGACAAAGUUGUCGAAACAAUGCUAGGUGGACUGAAUCGUUGGGAUGCAGUUUACUUCAUGCACGUAUCGGAGCAUGGUUAUAUAUAUGAAAACAGUCUAGCAUUUUUCCCAAUGUUUCCUUUUCUGAUUAGAAUUGUUGCAAACACUUUGUGUUAUCCUUUGCAAUUCAUGUUGACAUACAAAAACGUGUUAAUGAUUUCAGCAGUAAUUUUCAAUGUUUUUGUGUUUAUCUUAACUGUGAAACUGUUGUUCAGACUAGGUAAGAAUGUUUUAGGCAACACUUAUACGGCAUACAAAGCUUGUCUCUUGUUUUGUAUAAACCCUGCCAGUAUAUUUAUGUUGGCUUUUUAUUCAGAAAUUUUGUAUUUUUGUUUUGUGAUUUAUGGACUUCUUAAUUUUGAAAGCAACAGAAAGGUAACGGCUGUGUUUCUGUUUGCACUAGGUUCAUUGUGUAGAUCUAAUGGAUUGCUCAAUCUUGGAUUUAUACUUUAUGAUAGUUUCAUUUUCAUGGUAAUGAUUAUCACAAGUUUCUUAUCAGGUGUAUCUAAGCCAGAUGGAAAAAGUAUUACACCAUCUUUCAGAUUUUUCACUUUUAUCAGCUUCAUGAUAUUUCGUUUGAUAUACCUACUCAUUCUCAUAUUUUUGUUCUCAGUACCAUUUAUUUUAUAUCAAUUCUAUUACAUCAAUACAAUGUUUUGUAAAACUGACAUCAGUGAAUUAUUAGACAUUCCUAAAUAUUUAGUUGACUAUGGACUAGAAAGAGGUUAUCAUAUAAUUGGAGAGAGAGUGCCACCAUGGUGUAAUUUUACCAUUCCAUUAUCAUACAUUGAUGUACAAAGUACUCACUGGGGUGUAGGAUUUAUGAAAUAUUAUGAAUUUAAACAAAUUCCAAACUUUUUGCUGGCAAUGCCAGGGACUGUGACCAGCAUCAGUUGUGUGGUGUGCUAUUACAUGUGGAACAAAAAGGCAUGCUGGACACUUGGGAUCAAAUCAGACAUGUCUAGUCUAAAGAAAAAUGAUGAUGGAUGCAGAUGUUUAUGGAGCAAUCCUCGACUUCUUCCUUAUGUUGUUCAUAUGCUGGCACUGACGGUGUUUGGGUUGAUGUUUGUUCAUAUUCAGGUACUUACAAGAAUGCUAUUCUCAGCCUCACCAAUAUUAUACUGGUUUGUGUCCUACUGCACAACAGAUGAGACCAAGACCAAAGUUCCCAUUAGGAAUGAAUAUGAUGUCAUGAAAAUUUCAGAGGACAUUUCUAAGGUUGAAGAGAAUAUCCAGCAUUCAAUGAAAAAUAUCGUCACAGACCAGAUACUGGAUUUCCGGCAGCAAACAAUGAUCACAAAAUUAAUUUUGGCUUAUUUUCUAAUAUAUUUUAUUGUUGGAACUUUCAUGUUUUGUAACUUUUUACCAUGGACAUGAUACAAGUAUUUUGAGAUGUACAUGUAUUUGAAGUAAGUGUAAAUGAUAAAUAUAAGUAGAAUUCUACUUUCAAGAGUUGGUUGACAGAAUACUGAUUUUCAUUGUUAUACAUUAGUAGUUUUAUGCCAUAGCAAUGCUCAAUAAAUCAACCAUUAACUCCAACUGCA